AACAGGAGGUUGUUAAAUGGUUGUUAAUAAUAACUGUGGGGCUCUUCGGGAUUGUUCACAACAACAGAGGAAGCAGCACCAGCUCUCACCAAAUAAAACCCCAACGCGAUUUCUUUUUCUUAUCCAGUUGUUUUGGAGUCAUAUUACCGGAAACUAACUGCGUGAAGAAGCUCCUUUCUUCUCUAAACACUGAGAGCUAUUGUUUGUAACCGAGCUAGCUUUGUCUUCUUCCUUCCUUUAGCAGUCACAGCUGUGGUUGGUGGUGUUGCUGAUAGAUAUUUUGUUGGAAUAUGGCUCAGCAUGGACAUCAUGUAGCCAGUUCACAGAAAGCACUGAUGCUGGAGAUGAAGAGUCUCCAAGACGAGCCGGUCGAAGGGUUCAAGAUAACUUUGGUGGACGAGUCGGACAUGUACAACUGGGAAGUGGCGAUAUUCGGUCCUCCAAACACUCACUACGAGGGUGGUUACUUUAAGGCCCGGAUCAAGUUCCCCGUCGACUACCCGUACUCUCCACCUGCCUUUCGCUUCCUCACCAAGAUGUGGCACCCCAACAUUUAUGAGAACGGGGAUGUGUGCAUCUCUAUCCUGCACCCACCAGUGGACGACCCACAGAGCGGAGAGUUGCCUUCAGAGAGGUGGAACCCCACACAGAACGUCAGGACCAUCCUGCUCAGUGUGAUCUCUUUGCUGAACGAGCCCAACACUUUCUCCCCGGCCAACGUGGACGCAUCCGUCAUGUACCGCAAGUGGAGGGACAGCAAGGGCAAGGACAGAGAAUACAUCGAGAUCAUCAGGAAGCAGGUGGUGGCUACCAAAGCUGAGGCAGAGCGGGACGGCGUCAAGGUUCCCAUCACGUUGGACGAGUACUGCGUCCGCACCCAAGUCCCGCCCACAGACGACGGCUCCAACCUCUUAUACGACGACUACUACGACGACGAGGAGCUGGAGGACGACGACGAGGACGACAACGAGGACUGUUGCUACGAUGAGGACGACUCGGGCACUGAGGACUCCUGACCUCGCCUUCCCAUGAUGUCACCCGCCCUUCCCCUCGUCUCUGACCAGUCCCUGCCCUCACCCUUCCCGCCACACACGCCUCCCUCUCUUGUCACGGACUGAACUUUCAUUCCCCGAAUCGACCCCUCCUCGUCCUCACUUAGCACCGCCCCCGCCACCCCUGUCCACCUUCUGUCACAUGUGCAGUCACAGUAUGCACACUAAAACCUGAUGCAUCGAAGACAAAAAAAGCUACAGAGUUGUUUUUGUUUAACAUGUUUCUCUUUUCUUUUUUUUUUUCAUUUGUUGUCUGAGUAGAGGUUACACACGAUGCACACAUAGCAACACAACAAUAAUGGUACUUCCUCAUCUGCUUCUGUUUGUCUGAUAACUGAUUUAAAAGCGUUUUAGCUCCGAGACCUGUUCCUUCCUCCGGCUCUGAGUGGAACAAAGCCUGUUCGAUGGCCAAGUUUUCUUGUAGAGCAUUUGGCGGAGGAACGGUCACGCCUUUUCUCGACAUCACCAUCAGCAGGGUGGAAUGUAACGUCGCAGGUCAGAUCAGAUCACAGUCAAACAAGCUAGGAGCUUUUGCAAAGGAAGACUAAUUUAGAGAAAAAUGGCACACAGUAUGUGUGGUUUUUGAAAAGCUGAGUCACUUCUGUCUCUGAGCCAUGUGUGUGACCUCUGGUUAGCGAAGCCCUGCCAUGCUUCACCUCUGACCUUUUUGAGCCUUCGGGCUUGUGCUGCUCCAAACAGGGAAGUUAUCCAUUUAAAAAGAAGCUCACACUCCCUUGUGCCUUCCCUCACUCCCUUAUAUCACAGAUCUGUAUGACUUGUGGGACAGACAGCAGGUCAAAGACAAAGAAAGGUGGCAGAGGGAGAUAUUCAAGGUCUCAGGUGGGGGACACCGUGCGAACAGCGCCCCCCUGAUGGAACAAGCAUAUUUAUAGCAGCACCUGUCAGAUUUGUCCAGUGUGCGAGUGAGAAAGGUGUAAGAUCCAACAGCUGAACUAAAGACUGGAAUGUAGAUCCCACAAACGUCCUCUGACUGCCACGCAGCCUUCAUCGUACAAGCACGUGCUACUAGUGCAUUAAGAAACAGCUAGCUGAGCCUGCUGCUGCUCAUGAAAUCCAAUGUACUGUAUUUAAAAAGAAUAACCUAUGCAGUCCGUGCUUGAACCUACUUAAUAUGCAGUGCUUUAAACGUGGCAGUAAAGCUGAGCCUUUCAACCGUCUGACCUGAGCUUACAACCUGUGAGGGACUGACUGACGUGCUCGGUUAGAGUGGGACAUGUGUCGUAUCCGUCUUUAUGUUUGUCGCUGGUUCGUUAUUCUAACUCAAGAGGAGCACAAGUCUCCAGAGCUGAAGAGAUUGUACACCAGCCUUCAUCAGAGCUCGCCCCCUAGUGGCGGCUCAGUGUACCGGCACUGCACCCCCCCUUCUGAAAUGCUCGACCGGGCCGCAGCCAUCUUGACUCACCUGACUCAAAUGAACCCUGUUACCUCAGAGGAGAUCAGGUAGCAGUGUGAGUGAUUCAGAAGAAUGGAAAUGGCCUCAUGACGACGGGGGUUUUGUUUUCAGUCUACACUGUCAGAGGCCCCCCCGUGUGGUUUCCUCUCUCCUAACUGGAGUGCUCUGUCGCACACUCAAAAGACACCACCACCACCCAACAGUAUUUACGAUGAAAUCCUCAACAUCGCUGUAAUCAUGUUUCCGUUGUGUGUGAAUAUUCACCGAUCGUUUGUAAGAUGUGCUGAGAAGAAGCAGAAAUUGAGAAGGAAUUGGGCAUAAGGGUUGAUCUUUGAGCAUGAACAGGAGAAUGUGGUUCUUCACUAGCAUGCUGUUAUGAUGUGUUUGUGGUUUUAGAUCUGCUAUAAGGGUCGGGGUUGUGUCCAGGGGCAAAAGUCCUCUACUCAAUUUAAUCUAAAACUGUUGCAUUGUGAAUGGGCUGAGGGUUGUCCGUUAUUAUUUUUUUUGGGAGGGAGGCUUCAUUUACUUUUUUGAUGUAAUCUUUCAUUUCCAAAUUGUGGUAUGAGCUGCGAUGUUUACUCCUAUAUGUAUUAAGUGCUGAUUGUUUAAAAACCCAGGAUUGUUCAUGGAAGAACGACUAAAAACUUAUUAUAGCUCAACAGCAGAACCGAAUUGACACAGCACACCACACAGUAACUAUUCUAGCCUUUUAUCAUGCCCUGAAUGCUCAAAAAUGAGUUAUCGAUAAUUGACUGAUCCAUCACGCAACCUAUGAACGAUCCUCCCCCUCUGUUUUCUGACGUUUUUAGGGUGAAUGGGAUUUAAUUUUUGUCAAACUACUGUUAUUUUUAUCGUCUCUCCUCCCACUCGUCCCCCCAGUUCUCUGAGCUCUGAUUGGUGGCAGCAUCACUGAGGGGAAAAAAAACCCAGCAGUUAAUUACAGAAAAGUACUAGAACCUCAGGAAACAAAAACAACCACAAACCAACCAACAAACAAAUCCUUUUCCAGCUGAGUGAACCUGACCCCGGGGAGUCUCACUUUUUGGCUUCAAAGGACUGUUUACAAUCUCUACCUUGAUAUGCACAUGUGGAUAUUUGACGAUCACUUGAUGUUUUUUUUUUUCUUGUUUAUAUUUUCUUUUUUUCUUAUGGUUUGUAAAUCUAUUUAAAAUCUGAAAUAAAGAUCUUUAUUA